GCAUUUGUCUACUUCAACUUUAGAUGUAAUUUUCCUAAGACCGAGCAGUGCAGUAUUAAACUGAUGUUGAUGUUUUAAAGGACGGAGGCUUCCAACGUAGAGAAGAUCACCACCAGGCUGCUGAAGGCUGGAGCCAAACCUGACCAGAUCGGCAUCAUCACCCCGUAUGAGGGACAGCGCUCCUACCUAGUCCAGUACAUGCAGUUUAGUGGCUCCCUGCACACCAAACUCUAUCAGCAAGUGGAAAUAGCUAGCGUGGACGCCUUCCAGGGCAGAGAGAAGGACUUCAUCAUCCUGUCUUGUGUUCGUGCCAAUGAGCACCAAGGCAUUGGCUUCCUGAAUGACCCACGUCGUCUCAACGUGGCGCUGACCAGAGCCAAGUAUGGUGUGAUUAUCGUGGGAAACCCCAAGGCCCUCUCCAAGCAGCCACUGUGGAACAACCUGCUGAACAACUACAAGGAGCAAAAAGUCCUCGUGGAGGGACCCCUCAACAACCUGAGGGAGAGCCUCAUGCAGUUCAGCAAGCCACGCAAACUGGUCAACACCAUCAACCCUGGGGGGCGUUUUAUGAGCAACGCAAUGUACGAUGCCCGUGAGGCCCUCAUCCCUGGCUCCGCCUAUGACCGGAGCAGUGCCGGGCGUCCGUCCAACAUGUACUUUCAAACUCACGACCAGAUUGGGAUGAUUGGAGCAGGACCCGGUCACAUGGCUAUGAAUAUUCCCAUACCCUUGAACUUGGUGAUGCCACCAAUGCCUCCACCCAGUUACCUAGGUCAGACCAACGGCCCUGCUGCAGGUACAGUACAACACUAAAAUGGUCCACUGAACCUUUGCAUAA